UUGUGCCCCCCCAACCCCCCCACAUGGAGUAACUUGGAGGCGAAUCUGGCUCCCGGGGUCUGACGAAGCAGAGAGGAACCGUCCCCUGGUUCAAUGUCCUGGUUCAAUGAGCCCCCCCAAGGCCAAAUGAUGGAUGGACUGAAUUGGGGCAGGGGGGAGGUGGGGGCUGUGUCUCCUCUGUUUAACUCCUGUCUCUUGUUAAAAGCAGGGCAUGAAUUUCUCAAACCCACCAUCUGGGUGAGACCCAGCAGGGUGGUGGCACUUGGGGGAAGCGUCACCAUUCGCUGUGCGGGUUUGUACCCGGGCAUGGAGUUCUUUCUGCGUAAAGCUGGACAACCGAACCCGCAGGUGCGGACGGUGCCUGAUGGGACCGUGGCUGAAUUUCCCAUCCCCAGUGUCAGCCGGGAAGAUGGAGGGAGCUACACCUGCGAAUAUCGCUCCAAAACGGAUCAGAGUCGCUCAUCGCAUCCCAGUGACUCCAUUGAGAUCAUUGUAGGAGAGCCCAGCUUCCCCAAACCCAGCAUCUACCUAAGACCCAGCGGGGGGGUCUCCCUGGGGGGAAACGUGAGCGUCUGGUGUCAGGGGCAGCGCCGGGGCGUGCGGUUCGUGCUGAAUAAAGAGCGACGCCAUUUCCCACCUGUGGAUACGGACGAGUUUGAGGUUGUGUUUCCCAUCAGCAACGUUCGCUGGGAGCACGGCGGGAGCUACAGCUGCUCCUAUCACAGCAGAUCUAAGCUGUUCAACGUGUCGUACCCCAGCGACCCCGUGGAGCUGGUGGUGAGAGAUCCCAACUUACCCAGACCCUCCAUCUCUCUGAGCCCCACUGGGGUCACUGCCCCAGGGGCAGAUGCCACCAUCCGGUGUCAGGGGCAGCGCCGGGACGUGACGUUCUUCCUGCACAAGGCUGGAGACCUGAACCCGCCGCGACACAUGGAGCCUGCUGGGGAUGGGGCCGAGUUCCACAUCCCCACCGUGGGCCAGCAGCACGGAGGGAGCUACAGCUGCAGCUACCGGAACCGAUCAGAGCCCUUCAUCUCCUCGCAGCCCAGCGACCCCGUGCAGCUGGUGGUAGCAGGUGAGGGGCCCGGCUCGACGUCCCCACUCCCAGCCCCACACCCAGCCGGACCCUCGCAGGGGGCUCCAUGCUGAUGGGAUGCUCAGAGCCAGGCUCUGUCCUGAGCUCUGGGCCCAGCAGAGGGACGCCCGGCUGCGGAGCGGAGACGGCACAGGUGACCGGUAUAAUAUGGAGCUGCUGCCGAGAGACGCUGGGCUGGUGUCGGGGGCUGGGGGCUGCUCAGGCCUAGCACAGGGCUGGGGUCGCUCGGCAUAGCAUGGCUGGGGCUCAGGUCAGUUGGCUAAUGGGGCUGACCCGGGACUGGGGCCGGACUGGGGUUGCUCUGGUGGCAGGGGUUGGGCUCGGGGUUCUAGCUGGCCUGGGGGCAGGGAAGGGGGCCCCCUCGGCCAGUUAAACAGGCUCAUUCUGCUCAAGGAGCCGCUUCCAUGGGGGAGCCACAAAGGGCUGGGGCUGGGUGGGGAGAAUGGCUGGUGUUACUAGGGGUAUGUGGGGCCCAGACACCGGGAGAGAGACACCAGCAGCCAGCGAGGUAGAAACCUGCACCAGCAAUGUAGGGAUCCUGCGAGCGGGGAGCCAGUGGAAAGGGACCUGGUGGCCUAGUUGUGUCAUCGAAGGGGCCAGGCAGAGAACGGCAGGGAGAAAGUCCUGUUGAGAAGGCACAGAGAUGGCAGGAACAGGAGGAGGCAGACAGAGGAAAGAGAGAGGCAUGAGGGGGAAAGUUAGAGGAAGAACCAGGCUGUGAAACACAAAGAAAAAAGAGUCUCUAAGUUACAAAGCAAUUGUUAGAAAACCGCAGGAGAAGUAAAGCACGAAUGAAACGUGACAGAAACCAGCUGUGAGCAAAGAGAAACGGGCUGAAGAAAUGAGGAGGAAGUGAGCUGUAGUGAAAGUAAAACUAAUAGUGCGGACAAAACGUCCACCCAGCACCUUCAGGGGCAGUGACAGGAGGAAAGAAAUUGUCCAAGAGCAAAGGGACUAUAGAAAAAGCAGCGG